AUAACCUACAGACUACAGCUUUUUCAUCUCUUCAUUAGUGUUGCUCUGCACAGUACUGGCUCAGAAAAAUGAAACUCACAGUAUCAGCUUUCGUGCUUUUGAUCUGCACAGUUGCACUGCUGUCCACAACAGAGGGAAGACCUGUUCGCCCACAGCUACGUUGCAACUGCCCUCAAAUGCAUUCAGCUCCAGCAAUUCCAGCUAAUAAAAUACUCUCAUUGAGGGUUAUUUCCGCUGGACCACAUUGCAAACACGAGGAGAUCAUUGCCAAAAUGAAGAAAGGAGAGAUGUGUCUUGAUCCUACGAAAGACUGGGUGAUUUCUCUCAAAGAAGAAAUCAACAAGAGAAACAUCAAGAGUCAACAAUGAAUGAAUAUCACGGUUCAAAGAGCGACUGAAGAAACUGAUUCAACUUCUACUGUAAUAGAGUUUCCUCAUCUCUGGGUGAUACAUGAAGUAUCGAUUGUGAAAAUGUGCUACCACUUGUUUAUUAAAAGUAAACUUGAACAAACUUAAUUUUAUUUUAUUAAAUUAUAUUUAUUGUUAUUGUGUCACUGAAUUGUCUUUUUAUAUACUCAUGUAGCUUUGUAUUGUUUUUAAAUUAAUGCACACUUAUAAUAAAAAGUGUCAUAAUGGA